UCCAUUACCAUCACUGUCACAGUUCUUCCUUAUCACCUUACUUAACAGUUAUACAUUUUUAUUUUUUUUGGCUUAAACCCAAAUUCAUCAUUAUUACAUGAUUUAAUUCUCCCACAUAAAUCCUACCUUUUUUUCCAGGUUCAAUUUCAUCCAACUUUAGGGUACAGGAUUUUCAAUUUAAGCACCUUAUCAGUCCCGAUCUGCUCUGAAUAAAAUUGUUGCUAUAGUUCCUUCAUGUUGAUGUUAAUCUGAAGCAAGCACAAUGUCCAUUGUGGUGGAAUGAGUUUGAGACAAAACAUCCAUAGGCUUCAAGAAUGAAGGGAGGUUUGAAGGUGUCACAAAUCUCUCUCAUUCUUAUCGGAAUCGUAUGUGCUACUGUUCUUCUUUUGGCAUAUGUGAAAAGUCUAUUUCUUUCUUCUCCAGUACUACCUCAGAAGCAUGUCUUGCAGCUUUCUCCAGAUCUUAGGGUUAAUGAUGAAGAAGCUUUGGGAGAAGGAGGCAGAUCGGGGCAAUCAGAAGAAACUGUCAACUUUGAAUCUGAAAAAUAUUCUACUUAUGCAAACUCUUCAUCAGUGAUUAAGGGGACUGAAGAAUUGAUUACUCAUGAAGAAAUAGGAGGUAUUGCUCCCAACUUUACUGAAAAAGGAGAUCUAAAAGAUGUUCCUGACCAAAAAAGUGGUUUAAUAGAGCAGCAAACUGAUGUUUCCACUUCUGUGAGUUCUGGAGAUGAACAUAGUGAAAAUUUGACAAUCACUCAGGAAAGACAAGAUUGUAACUUUUAUAAAGGCAGAUGGGUCAUAGAUGAUAGCCGACCUCUGUAUUCUGGAUUUGGUUGCAAGCAGUGGUUGUCAUCUAUGUGGGCUUGCCGCUUGACACAACGUACAGAUUUUGAAUAUGAAAAGUUACGUUGGCGACCCAAAAAUUGUGAGAUGGAAGAGUUUACAGGUGUUAAAUUUCUGAAAAGGAUGCAAAACAAAACUCUGGCUUUCAUUGGGGAUUCUCUUGGUAGACAACAAUUUCAAUCACUUAUGUGUAUGAUUACUGGUGGAGAAGAUAGACCUGAUGUUCUUGAUGUGGGGCAUGAAUAUGGUCUUGUGCAAUCUCGUGGUUCUGCACGACCUGAUGGAUGGGCUUAUCGACUUCCAGAAACCAACACAACUAUUCUUUACUAUUGGUCUGCUAGUCUGUGUGACUUGACACCCAUAAAUCCAUCAGACCCUGCUACUGAUUACGCCAUGCACCUGGACCGUCCUCCAUAUUUUUUGAGUCAUUUCCUUCCAAGGUUCGAUGUUGUUGUUCUAAACACAGGACACCACUGGAAUAGAGGAAAGCUUAAGGCCAACAGGUGGGUCAUGUACGUGGGCGGUGUUCCUAAUAGAAACAGAAAGAUUGCUACUAUCGGUGGUGCCAAGAAUUUCACAAUUCACAGUAUAGUUAAUUGGGUGAACUCACAGCUGCCAAAAUAUCCUCAUGUAAAAGCAUUCUAUCGGUCUAUAUCGCCCAGACACUUCUUUAAUGGAGAUUGGAACACUGGAGGGACUUGUGACAACACUACUCCACUUUCCGAGGGGAAAGAAGUGAUACAAGAUGAAUCAAGUGACUAUGAUGCAGCACGGGCUGUAAGAGGAACAGCCGUUAAGCUUUUGGACAUCACUGCUUUAUCCCAGCUGAGAGAUGAGGGGCAUAUAUCUCGAUACAGCAUCAAAGCAACACCUGGAGUCCAGGAUUGUUUGCAUUGGUGCUUACCUGGUGUCCCAGAUACAUGGAAUGAAAUUCUUUUUGCUCAAAUAUGAUAUACCUAAACUCGCAAACGACUGUAUGUUGAAACUCGAACUUAUUCUCCAUCUGCCUUCGGAGAAUUGCGAGUUGCCAAAUGAUGCAAAUACUACAUGAAUAAUGUCCGGUGAGGCGAAUUCUUUGAUCCAUGGAGAUACUCCCAGAUGACAUAUACAUUAUUCUUAGACAAUUAAGAUGCUUCGGUAUUUUUUCUGACUGGACACAUACUACAGAGAUGAGAGAACUACAGCUGCUGCUCUACCAUAGUUUUUUUGGAUUUGAGGGUGGACAAGAGCUCUACCCUUGAUUUGUACACUGAAUUUAACAUGAGUUUUUGUACUCUUUACAAAAAUAUGAGAAAACUAUCCAGGGUUAUUUAUCUGGUGAUCAA